AUGGGCUAUUGGAAGAGUAUUUUCCCGUCUGACAGGGAGCGAACUGGUCGACGUCUUCAAGCCGACCGUCGCCGAUUGCUUUCUUCGUCCAAUGCUGACCGAAUUUCGACUGGACAUGAUGCAAAAGAGGUGACCAAGGUUGCUCUGCGACUCAAAUACCAAGUUGAACAAGUCAUUUCCUGCGAGCUCGAAGAGAGCACCAUUACAGACCCCAACAGUCGCGUAAUCACCUCCGAAGUAGUUCAAACUGCCAAGCAAGCGGGAGGCGAUGAACUUCAAACUUGUGUCCUGUUUUGUUUACUAGUUUGUCUUCGAUGGUUCAAGAUUCAAGCUUCCCAGGAGCUCUGGGAUUCCGAUCUCCACGAACGCCGAGCACUGACAUGUGAGGUGAUCGCAAAGCGCAUUAUCGAAGCCGAAGAAAACCAGGAUGCCCAGCUCAUGGCUACCUUGUUGAAGCGGUAUUCUGUCUUUAUCGAUGGCGAAGAAACCAUGCCAGCUAACGUCAUCGAGCGGGCUAUUGAUCUUCACGCUUUACGGGUCAUCGGCUCGUCUGGAUACCAAAAAUGCAUUCGGUAUCUUUGGAACGGAAGGUACUAUUUCGAUUUUUGGAACGCGUUCAACUCCACCCUCUAUACAAUCCUUGCUGUAUCCUUUUUUCUACGAGUUGCCGCCUUGACACACUCAUCUUCUGUCGACGACGAGCAGAGACGGUGGCUCAACGAGUUGAGUUACAACUUUCUGGCCUUUGCAGGCCCCAUGUUCUGGAUGCGCAUGGUAUUGUAUCUCGACUCCUUUCGAUUCUUUGGCGCAAUGCUUGUAGUGCUGAGGGUCAUGAUGAAAGAAAGCCUGAUAUUUUUCGCUCUCCUAUUCGUCGUCCUCGUGGGAUUCUUCCAGGCGUUUAUUGGAAUGGCUCAGGUUGAUACGGACCAACCUGUCACGAAAACCAUUGUACAGGGCAUGGCAAAUAGCAUUAUGCAGAGUCCCGAAUUUGGUGCCUUUGAAGACUUUGCAUACCCAUUUGGCAUUAUUCUUUACUAUUUCGCGUACGAGGAUAUUUCCGGGAAUGCUAUUGACGAAUACAUGGCAAUAUUUGCCCAGAAGACUAUGCAGUACAUCCGCGCACCCGAUGAAAAUGUCUUUAUACCCCCGUUCAACCUUCUUGAGAUCAUCUUUUUGAUCUUACCUUUCGAGUGGUGGCUACCACGACAGCACUACGCGAAACUGAAUGAGUUUGUCAUGGGCAUACUCUACUCACCACUCCUCCUCGUCACUGCAUUCCUGGAGGUGCGAGAAGCGCGUCGUAUUCGGUGGAAUCGCCGUCGCGGCGAAGACGAUGACGACGACGUGCAGGAGUGGGAACAUGCAGCCGAGGAGGUCGGUUUCGAAGUCGACGAUGUCUGGGACCAGGCUGUGCAGAACACCGCGCCAGUCGUGACUAAAGAUCCUUGCAGUUUGGAAAUCAUUCAUCUGCGAGAGCAGAUUCGAGAGCUAACAGAGUCAGUGAGAUUCUUGUCUGAGAAGUCCACGAACGGUACAUUUUGUGAGGAGACACGCUCUACCAUCGUGGAGCGUGAGUAG